AUGAGUGGAAGCGUUAUAGGCAGGGAGCGAAACAUCUGUUUGGAAUUGGUCAAUCAGUACGUCCAAACAAAUUCGACGUACUGCAUGGCAAAUUUUGAUCGAUCAUUAUGCUGGCAAAAAACAGCAUCGGGUGAAGUUGCCCAAAGGAAAUGUCCAUUUUCGUACUGUCAAAAUGUUGAGGGUUGUGAAGAAAUUGAAAAUAACUAUACUGUGCAACGUAUCUGCAACGAGAAUGGUAGUUGGGCAGAACCGAUGUAUGCACAAUGUAUUGAUGUUCUAAAGUAUCAUCCUCACUGCAUCGUUGGAUUCUGUAGAACGUGUCCAGAUUUACUCCGUGAAAUGGUUAUCAAUGUAUCGUUAACAUUAAGUAUUGUUUCGGUGGCAUUGCUGGUAACUGCCCUAAUUUUAUUUAGUAUAUUAGACUCCAUCCAAUGUCGUCGUCUUUCAAUUCAUAAAAACCUUGCCAGCUCUUUUGUAUUUCGUUUUACUGUCCUGGCUUUAUGGACAGUUGCGCAGACGACGAAUUUUUUUCAGGAUUGCUCUUAUUACAACUCAAUGCCUCUAUAUGAAUACGAAUGGAUUUGUAAGCUUCUGCUUUGGUUGGUCAUUUACUUUCAGGUUGCAUCGGUUAUGUGGAUGCUUAUUGAGGGUGGUUAUUUGUAUAGUCGAUUCACCGUGUUUGGAAUGAGAAGUAUUGAUUGUCCCAAUUAUGCUUUCCUCUUUUGUGGUUGGGGUGUACCGUUUGUUGUUGUUGUCAGUUGGACCAUUAUCCAUCAAAGACGAUCGAGUCAAAAUCAAAAUUCAUUUUGUUGGUUGCCAUAUGCACAAGGUGCUCAUCUAUGGAUAUUAUCCGCAACGAUGGGCUUAGCGCUAAUUUUGAAUUUAUUGUUUCUGUUGGGUAUUGUUCUCAUAUUGGUGCAGAAAUUGCGCGCUGAAAAUACUGCUGAAUCGAAGAAAAUAUGGAGGACGGUGAAGUCGACACUUCUACUAGUGCCACUUCUAGGUGUUUCCAAUAUACCUUUAUUCUACGAGCCAUCACAGCCCAGCAGUGUCUACAUGCUUGGCUCUGCUAUUUUGCAGCAUUCUCAGGGCAUAUUUAUUGCUGUAUUAUACUGCUUUUUGAAUGGUGAAGUACAAAAUGCGAUGAAGCGACAAUUAUUAAGGCUAAAAAUGCAUAUCUUAAGUGAACAACCGCGUUUUGAAAUAGAACGAAGUUAUAUUCCCGAUGAGAUAAAUGAACUGGACAGUAAACUGGGUAUGCCCAUGGGUGAGCUGAAUUAUACAGAUGGCUCGAAAAGACCUCACAAUUCUCAUUAA